UCGGGUUGGUAACGACAAUUUGUUCCAUCGCGUGAAACGUGGCCACAAGUUGUCAAACUUACAUGGUCGGGACUUUUCUCCCUAUGCAGAUUGCAUUUGUUAGCCUAUAAGCAAAAUCAAAGAAAGUAAAAGUUUAAAAGAAGCUUUGUGAGAAAGAGACAAAGUGACGAGCAGGGAAACCAGCGCCAGGACUUCUGGAAACUCUACUCCUGUCUUGGACCUUGCUGUCAGCAUGACGGAGAAACCUCCCCUGGACAGCAACGAGGAGGACGUAGCCUGGCUGGGCGAGGGCCAGUCUGAAACUCAGCUUGCAGCUGGGCUCGGUCCAGAUGGAGCUGAAGCAUCUGAUGCAGACCGGCCAGCAUGGGACUCUAAGAUCCAGUAUGUGCUGGCCCAGGUGGGGUUCAGUGUGGGCCUGGGGAAUGUGUGGAGGUUUCCAUAUCUUUGCCACCAAAAUGGAGGAGGGGCCUUCAUGCUGCUGUAUGUUUUUCUUUUGCUGAUUGUGGGAGUUCCACUGUUUUUUAUGGAGUUGGCGGCCGGCCAGAGUAUACGACAGGGCAGCAUCGGAGUGUGGAAGCACAUCUCCCCAAAGCUAGCAGGGAUUGGUUACUCCAGCUGCAUGGUGUGUUUUUAUGUGGCUCUUUACUACAACGUUAUCAUUGCAUGGAGCUUGUUCUACAUGGGAAAUUCUUUUCAGUAUCCCCUGCCGUGGGAGCAGUGUCCAAUCGAUGCCACCACCAAUGAGACAGUGAAAGAGUGCGCAAGUUCUUCUGCAACGUCAUAUUUCUGGUUUCGGAAAGCCCUUAACAUCACAAAUUCUAUUGAAGAGUCUGGAGAGUUUAACCCCAUCAUGACAGGCUGUUUAUUGGCUGCUUGGGCAAUAGUCUCCUUGGCUAUGAUCAAGGGCAUCAAGUCCUCUGCAAAAGUAAUGUACUUUUCCUCAGUCUUUCCCUAUGUGGUGCUCUUUAUUUUCCUGAUCAGAGGGUUGAUGUUGGACGGCGCGAUGGAGGGAAUCACCUAUAUGUUUUAUCCUAAACUGGAAAUUUGGGGUAAUGUGCAGGUGUGGCGCCAGGCUGCUACACAAGUGUUUUUCGCCCUCGGACUGGGCUAUGGCUCCGUUAUUGCAUAUUCUUCCUACAACCCAGUCCACAACAACUGCCACAGGGACGCGCUGAUGGUCUCCGGCAUCAACUUCAUGACCUCAGUGCUGGCCUCACUGGUAGUUUUCGUCGUGCUGGGUUUCCGCGCCAAGACUAUCGCACAGCGCUGUGUGGCUGAAAAUCUUGGUCUUCUAAGCCUCAUGUCAUCGAACCAGCCCUCUGCUGGCCUUGGUUGGCCUGGAAUCAACAUAACAGAUCCAAGCUCUGUGUCUAUAGCUGAGUACAGAGAGUGGUACAGCCACCACAGCUCCAUGGUGGGGGCUAACAUCACUGACUGCAAUAUGGAGGAAGAGAUGAAUAAGGGUGUUGAAGGGACGGGCCUGGCAUUCAUAGCAUUCACUGAGGUGAUGGCCCUUUUCCCUGCCAGUCCCUUCUGGUCCACACUGUUCUUCCUGAUGCUGCUCAACCUGGGCCUCAGCACCAUGUUUGGGACUAUGCAGGGAAUCCUCACACCUCUCAUGGACAAUUUUAGCGUCUUGGGCCGCCAUCGGACCCUCCUCACUGUGUCCAGCUGUGUUUUGGGGUUCCUAAUAGGACUGUUGUUCACUCAGCGCUCAGGCAACUAUUUUGUGACGAUGUUCGAUGACUACUCUGCAACUCUACCAUUAGUCAUAGUAGUAGUCUUUGAAACCAUUAGUGUGGCGUGGGUAUACGGAACAGAUCGUUUCCUGGAUGACAUUGAAGUCAUGCUCAAAUGGCGCCCUCCAGUGGUGUACAAAUAUCUUUGGAAAUAUGUGUGUCUGCUGGCGAUGGUUGGUCUUCUUGCUGCUAGUUUGUUGCGCAUGGUCUUCAAAAGGCCCACAUACACCGCCUGGAAUCAAGCCACGGGCUCUGAGGUCAGUCUCGAGUACCCCGGCUGGGCUCUUGCUAUGAUCGUCAUGCUGAUAGUCUUUGCCAGCUUGCCCGUGCCUAUUGGCUACAUUCAUUCCACACUGAAAAACCGCAGGGGCCGCAUCACUGGCUCUGAGGAGGGAGGCGGCCAGGAGAUGCACCGCGAGUUGUACACCAAGUGCAGCUCGACUGAGCUGCUGGAUUCCAACUCCCACCUCCGAGUUACUUCUGAGGAAGAGGAGGCUCACCCCAGGACUGCCUUCCUACCGCUGGGCAACGAACACUACCGGCUUCUGCCCCAGCAGGAGGAUGAUGAAGAUGAUGAUGAUGAACAAGAUACAGGGGUGUGAGCAUGGCAGUCGGAGGAUGAAAUGUUUAGAUGUUGAACCUCAGAAAGUGUACAAGCCAGACCCUGCAAGAGAGAUUGCAAAGUGAAGGGAGAGCAGAAUUAUUCUUAAUCAAAGGAAGAGUCGUUGGGAGGCACCCAUUCAUAAUAUUCAGCAAGCUCUACAGCAUUGACAAGCCAAAGUUAUUCUAACUAUUUAUAUUUUUAAAGAUACAUUACCAGUCAAAUUAAAAGGCUUUUAAGAUUCUGUAGUAACUACAACUCCUCCUUGUACCUCACUCCAUUCAUUUUCUGAACUGCUCAAAGUGUUCAGAAAGUAACACUCACAUAUACUUGGGAAAGAAAUAAGCUGCUAUAUUUGAAACAAGGAGUUCUUGAAAGGUUUUAAAAAUUGACAAGCUUCCACCGUGUCAAAUUAGUCUUUUGUUUCUUAUUUUAUGUUGAGUAAAACCUGAAUAAUAAGGAAGGCAGCAAUGGACAAUGUACGCUUUAUGAUGAGUAAUUUUAGUUUGAAGCCAAGUAUGGAUUUGCAUGAAAACAUUCUACCUUGCGCAACUGUGAUGCGUGUUUGAGAGUGUGCCUGUGUGUCUGUUUGUACAUUUACGUUCGUUUCUGUUGUGAAUCAGUUUGGAUGUGAAAUAACAGGUGUUAAUAUGUCUGUAAAAUAACUUUAUUUUAAAUUUUGUGAGUAUCAUUUUACCUCAUAUGACCACAGCAAUGUUUUUACAUGUGUUGACAAAGUGCUCAGUGUAGCAGUAUUGUACUGUACUGUACUGUACUGUAUUGUACUGUACUGUACUAGAUGAGGACUUAAUAAACCUCUAGAUGGCAGCAACCUUAUUGGAUGAUGCCUUUUUAUGAUUUAUACGUCACUCAAACCUGUUAACACAAAAGAUAAUAUAGAUAAAAAUGUAGAGUAUGCACAUAGGAUUUGAUGUGUUUUGGCCGUUGUGGCUCUGGAGGUACAGCGGGUUGUCCACUAAUCGUAGGAUCAGUGGUUUGAUCCCCUGUUCCCCCAGUCCGCUUGUCAAAGUAUCCUUGGGCCCCAAAUUUCUGUGUGUGUGUGCAACUGUUUCAGCUGUG